AUCAUGUCAAUAUGUUGACAGUGCAAAAUUUUCAGUUCAAUCACAUACCACACACUCACAAAAUUGAUCAAAUACCGGCGGAAAUAUUAACCGAAUCAAAAUGGGAAAACAACCAGAAUGCGUACAGGGCGAUCUAAUAUACGUAGUCGUAAGAAACAAUGAACACAUCGAAGAAAUAGCAGUAAGACUCUCACAAAGGAUUGGCGAAUUGAAAACACUAGUCGCGAGGCGCUUCAAUGUGAACAUGCGGCAACUAUGCUUGAUCUACGCGGGUAGGGUCCUCGCGGAUACGGAGAACCUUUUCGAUUGUAACAUGACGCAUGGUUGUACGGUUCACUUGGUCAUCCGUGAUGACCAAGUAGAUACAUGCAGAUUUAAGAACUGCGUUUUACAAAGCAUCGCGGCCAGCUCAACAGAUAAUACAAGGUUAGAAGAAGAAGACACCACGGAUGAAGCAGACCCCGUAGCUCAUUUACUCAGUAAUGAUAAGUUUUUGGGAACUCUCCGAAAGCUUCACCCUGAAUUCCAAAACGUCGUAUUAAAUCCUGAUGUUGUAAAUAUUAUUCGACAUCCGAAUAUGCUUCAGGAAUACUUGAAAGCUUUUACUGACGAUUUUGAGGACACAUCGGAUGACGACCAGGAUGCAGAUCUAGAGAACACCAUGACUGUAGGUAACUUCGAGACGUUGCCCCGUUUGCAGUAUCCUCAUUCUCAAGAAGAAUCCUGCACUUUCCCGAGUCUUGUCAAUCGGACUAAUCCCAACAUAUAUCAGUUCGAAAACAACAACAAUAACCCAUAUUCCAACCCUUGGGCAACGGAAGGAACACAACAAUUUGGAACAACACAUGGUAUUAACCAGGUCCUCAAUAGCUCAAACCCCCUGAGUUCAAUUGAAGACGGCGCUAGUGACUCAAAUAAUCUGCAAACCUUUGUGGAAAGCACGCCGAAUCUUAGCAGCACCAAUCUAGGCCACUAUCUAUCUAGCAUUUUUGAGAAUCUGGAGACAAUGGAUUCCGCAAGUGGGCUACGCGACUAUAUGGCUCAGAUGGCUCAACAACGUCCGCCACCGCCGAUCCAGCCACCACAGGUACGGUACCGAAACCAACUGGAUCAACUUCAACGAAUGGGCUACACUGAUCCUGACGCCAAUCUACGCGCGCUAUGUCGGACCUUCGGUGACCUCAAUGGGGCCGUUAGAAUUCUCGCACGAGAAGAAUGAUUUUUGUAAUUACAUCUUCAGUCCUGAAUGACCUAGCGCAUCUCAACACAUCGUAGAAGAAAAUUCUCAGUGAUUUCCGCCGUGUUUCAUGUAAUCAUAUUAAAAAAAAGCAGUUUUAUAACAAUUUAAAUUAACAAUUAAAAGUCAAUUAAAGUUUGAGAA